GGUGGUGUUCAACAAUUAGUAGUUGCCAUUUGGUAUUCGUGAUGAGAGCUUCCUGUGUAAUUUUUGUGGCCCUUCUGUGCUUCUCCUUGGGCUCGGCCAAGCUUUUCGAUGAUGAGCUGCGGGAACUGACGGAGUUCUUGCGUUUGCAGAUGCGAUGUGGUUAUCCGGCCAGAGGGGUUCCCAUUUUGGCCCCGGCUCAGAUAGCUUACCAGGAAAUCGCACUCAGGUCGGAGAACUUUGGUUGUAAUGGAAACUUUACUGAACUGAUCCUCGAGGGUCUUGAUGGCUACGAGUUCUCCAAGCUGGAAUGGAACAACGUUUUGAAUACCAUUAAGUUCGACAUGAACUUUCCCAAGAUUUCCCUGAAGAGCUCAAACUAUAAACUAAAUCUCCUGGCUCGUCUGUUUGGAGCUGACUUCUCCCUGUGGGGCGAUGGAGUCUGGAGUCUGGAGCUGAUCAACUUCCGAGCUUACGGCAGCUUCGUCAUUCGUCCAAAGUCAGCCACCAGUGGGGUGUACGUAAAAAGCUGGAAGGUUAACUGGGAGUUGGAGGAGGCCAAGUCCCAGAGCACGGGCUUUAUGAACAGUCGCCUGUACACUAAAUUCAUCAACGAUCUGAUCAAGGAAUAUCUAGAUAUCUUGAUCAACGACAACCCCACGGAAGUUUCCCAGUUUAUGGAGGAGCUCAUUGUGCCGCCGAUGAACUUAGUGCUGGAAAACGUAGCCUGGUAUGAGAUUACCGCUAUCAUUUUGGGACUGGUCGAUGGCAUUCUGCCGGUGGAGGCUAUUUGCUGAAGUGCUGCCGUCGAAGAAGUCGACAGCCAGGUGUUCCAAGUGAUUAAAUGUGAAUAAAAAACUUAGACAACA